AUGGAGACCGCCACUAACUAUGUGUUGAUCCAUGGGAAGAACAUCUCCCACAACACGGCGGCGGGCUCUGCGGCGGGGCCCCAUAUGUCCAUUGAUAAGCUGUUCCCGGCUCUCCUGGAGUGCUUCGGCAUCAUACUGUGUGGUUACAUAGCCGGCAGGGCUGAUAUGAUCACUGAGAGCCAGGCAAAGGGUUUGGGGAGCUUUGUGUCAAAGUUUGCUCUUCCGGCUCUGCUCUUUAAAAACAUGGUGCUGUUGGACUUUGGGGACGUCAUAUGGGCGUUUCUCUGGAGCGUCCUGGUGACAAAGGUGGCUGUGUUUGUGCUUGUUUGUGUGUUGACACUGAUAGUAGCCAGUCCAGAGGGCCGAUAUGGCAAAGCUGGUCUGUAUGCCAUCUUUGCUACUCAGAGUAAUGACUUUGCCUUGGGAUAUCCAAUAGUUGAUGCUUUGUAUCGAAGCACAUAUCCAGAAUACCUCCAGUACAUAUACCUAGUUGCCCCUGUCUCCCUCAUGCUUCUCAAUCCUAUCGGCUUUGCUCUUUGCGAGGUGCAGAGGUGGAAGCAGACCAGCCUCCCACAGCGAAGUAGGCUUGGCAUCCUGGGAGUUGUAGUCUUACAGGUGUUGAAGAACCCCAUAGUGUUCAUGGUGAUCGUGGGAAUCGCCUCCCACUUUGUCCUGGGCCAGCGGAUCCCUGCCGUCCUGUCGGAGUUCAUAGAUGGACUGGCUAACUCUUUCGGGGGGGCAGCAUUGUUCUAUCUGGGCCUCACUAUGGUGGGCCAGCUUAGAAAACUAACCAGAGACACUGGAGUUGCCCUCAUCCUCCUAAUCACAGCCAAACUCCUGGUGAUGCCGCUGGUCUGCAAAGACAUGGUGGACAUCUUGGACGUUGGAGUGAACAGCACGAGUGCCAACCACACCAGCUUGUCAAAUUUUGCCUUUCUUUAUGGAGUCUUCCCGACUGCGCCCAGCGUGGCCAUCUAUGCUGGACAUUAUAACAUGGAGUUAGAGGUGGUGACGUCAGGGAUGGUGAUCAGUACAUUUCUGUCUGCCCCGAUCAUGUAUGUGUCGGCCUGGUUGUUGACGAUCCCUUUGAUGGAUCCCACCCCCCUCGUGACAGAGCUUGAAAAUGUUAGCUUCAACAUCAGCAUUGUCAGCCUCAUUGCUCUGGUGUGGACCAUAGCAGUGAUGCUGCUCAGCAGGAAGUUCACCAGACUUCCUCACCUCUUCGUGCUGAAUCUUUUCCUGGCUCAGUUCCUGGUGUGCGUCAGCAUGAUCCUGUGGAACUUCUUGGUGAAACAGGAGGAGAACCUCAUCGGCAAAAUUCUCACCUUCACUCUGUUGUACGGUUCUCUGUACAGCACUUACAUUUGGUCAGGUUUGAUACCGCUCUGCCUGGCUCUCACAAACAGAGAUGAUCUGCUCAGACUCCGACCAGGGGUUUUCAUGGCUUUGGGUUGGGGGGUUCCCUUCCUGGUGGUUGGAUGUCUUCUGAUAGCAGGAGAGAGGACGGACACCAUAGACUCGGCUUUCUUCUACGGCAGAGCUCAGAUAAUCAGCUCGGCAGUGGUUCUUGCGGUGAGCCUUGCUCUCGGUUCCGUUUCCCUAAUGGGUCUCAGCCAGGGGGAGAGGGAACAGGGGGGCUACCAGGCCCUGAGCAGAUCGACUGUAACGGGCAUCACAGAUGAGCCGAGGGCCCCCGGUGACCCCGAGGAUCAGCAGCAGCAGCAGCAAACCCAGCUGGCAGAUUCUCCUGCUCUCAGUGUAGACUCAGACCCACAUGGUUUCCCUCCUCUCCAGACUAUGCCAGACAUGAUAGCCAGCACACAGAGGGAGCACACGAAUGGCACCGGCCACAGUGGGGCGCUGUUUGACAGGCAGCAGCCAGGCUCCUCCAGCUCGGAGCAGCCCCUGAACUUGCCUCCUCCUGGGCCUCAACCCGCCGACGACAAGCAGACCGUGAGGCACGUCCUGCUCAGUCUGCUGCUCAUCGUCAGCCUGCUCGCGAACCUGUCCAGCUGCCUGUGGUGGCUGUUCAACAAAGACCCAGGAAGACUUUACCUUGAACUGCAGUUUUUUUGCGCCGUGGCAAACUACGGACAGGGAUUUCUGUCCUUUGGAAUUUACGGUCUGGACAGACACCUCAUCAUCCUGCCAUUCAAGAAGAGGAUACUGGGCCUGUGGCAGGGCAGAGACGCUGCAGAUCUGAGUCCAUCAGGCGUUCCCGAGGAGGUCAGACUCACCUGCACCCAGUUUGUUCGCUACCACAAAGACCAGUGUGUGCAGGACCUAAUCCACACACGCAGGUAUGAGCCACAAGCCUUCAAUUCCCCCUCCGCCCUGCACGAUCACUUCUUACGCUGUUUAGAGGGGGGCAAGAGGAAAGUGGAGGAAAGGGGCACUUUCCGGCCCAUCCCUAUUAUCUUCCCACAAACCCGGAUCCUCAGGAGCAGCCAGACCAGGAGUCACAGAGUCUGCCCCAGAAUCACCACCCGGCCCAGUCCAGCGCGCACCCCCACCCUAAAGGGGCCGCCGCUCCUCCCCCGGCUCCAUCCCCCCCCCCGCCUCCCCCUAGAAAGCCUGUUUCCGGGCAGCGAGCUGGUGGACUGGCUGCUGGAGCGCGGCCUGUGCGCCGGACGGUCCGAGGCCCUGUGCUACGGCCUCCGUCUCCAGCAGGGGGGGGUCCUCCAGCACGCCUUUGGCCAGCAAGACUUCCAGGACAACCCCGCCCGGCUGUACUGCUUCACACAGGGGGACGCCUGCUCCCAGGACACCUGA